UGCUUCUCUUCCUUGGAACAUUUCUGAGAACUGCCUGCCCCUGGGGCCAAUGCAAGACCUGGGUGGGGAGGGGAGGCCCCGCCGGCCCCUGCGGCCCCCACUGGCACCCUCUGCAGCAAACAGCCGCACCCUUGAGGGGUCUCCCGGGGAAGCCUGAGGGAGGCGCCCAGGCCUGCCCCCGCACCCAAAUCCAGCCCCGGAGGAGGACACCCUGCGGGAAGCCUGGUGCUGACCGGCCCCUGCGCGCCCAAGGUCCCGGGUGGGGGUGGUGCUGCCGGGGGGGCGCCCCCUUCCCAGCCGCGGAGCACCCCAUCCUGGACCAUUCUGCAGGAGGGGACACAGAACCUUGGGGAGUGGGGCCUUGCCGGGGCCGCCAGCAGCGACAGGGGCGCCCAGGUGCAAGGACGCUGCAGGGGGACCCCCUUCAGAGCCGGCAGGGCAUGGACGGGGCUGGGGCUGCAGGACCCCUGCUCCGCUGCGCGCCCUCUCGGCCUCGGUGGGCCCCCGGGCAGAGAGCGGAGGGUCGGGACAGGCUGCAGGGACAGGACCCCAGGGCUAAGGGGCGCAAAGGGAGGGUGCCCUGGGGAGCGGGGUCCCCACCCCCACUCAGCCCCUCCCUGCUCUCUGCAAAGCUGACCCCACGGACCCUAGGGCGCGGGGGCGGGGCUGAAGGGCGCGGGGGCGGGGCCCUCGGUGGGGUGGAAACCCCCUACCUGCCGCCCUCAGCUCCCCAGCCCUGGGCCCUGCAGGAAGGAGGGCUGAGGCCAGGGGACAGGUGGCCCCACCAUGAGCCUCACUAAGACAGAGGACUCCGAGCCGCCGCUCAGGUUCGUGAACAGCAGAGACGAGAUCACAGGGGACGAGUAUGACGGAACCCAGAGGGUGCAGAUGAGCUGCGGGCACGGCGUGGACCCCGGCAGUCUGACGGCCUGGUGCCGCAGCCUCAUCGACCAGGGCCACUUCAAGCUCCACUGCCCUGCCGAUGUCAACGGGGGCAGGUGUGGGGCCGAGUGGUCCUACCCGGAGGUGCGCCGCUGUGCCCUGCUGGACGACGCAGAGCAGGGAGAGUUUGAGCGGAAACUGGCCCUGACUGCGGCGAGACUCUACUGUGACUUUAAGGAGUGCCCGCGCUGCAAGAGCCUGGUGGAGCGCAAGGACCUGAGCCACCUCCGGGUGCUGUGCACGAUCUGCUCCGCCUCGCAGGGGAAGACCUACGAGUUCUGCUGGCAGUGCCUGCGGGCCUGGAAGGGGUCGGGCACGCCCUCUGACCACUGCGCCAACCAGGGCUGCACGGACCCCAACCUGCAGGUCCUGGCCACCUGCGUCACCAAGGACCUCCCUGGCAGCGAGAUCCGAGGCUGCCCGUCCACCCGGGCCUGCCCCACCUGCGGGCUGCUCAUCGAGCACAAGGACAAGUGCAAGUACGUGCUGUGCGCCCGCUGCCACGUGGAGUUCUGCUUCGCCUGCCUGGACGCGGCGUCCACCUGCAAGGCUGCCAAGGGUGGGGCCUGGUACCAGUGGUGCGCCAAGCCCCUGGCCCCACGGCAGACCCGCAUCCCCGUGUGGAGCCGCAAGGACUGACCCACGGUGGGGCAGGGGCUGGAGAGGGAGGUGACAAACCGCACUCCUGAGGGUCAGCCGUGGAGUCCGGGGUGGGGGGCCUGGCCAUUGUGAUGUCCUGACCGCCCACUCCUCUGUGCUACUCCCCUCCUCUGUGCACAUGACCGUUUUCGAAACCCA